AUGCCAAAUUUUCCCUUAAUUUUUUUAAUUUUUAUUUUUUCAAUUUUUCACUUUAUUCCAUUAAAAUCUCAAUUAUUAAUCCAUUCAACUCAUCAGCCAAGAUCUCUAAUCUCCUCAAAUUCUCGUUUUCGUCAAUGCGCCUGUCCUACACGCCAAUCUUCCCCUUUAAGUGGAAGCAAAGCCAAAGCUGCCCCCAAACAAAAAUUUUUGCCAAAAAUGCUUCAAGGAACGUCCACAGACAUGCUAUUUGAUAAAAAUUUAGUUGACGGAUUUUUAACGCCUUUAAACCCAAACAAAGAGGAAAAGAAACGUAAAGGAACUGGAAGAAGUGGAAGAGAAUGGAGACCGAAAAGAGAAGCUAAUAAAAUUGUGGAUUUGGCUUUGGCAGAUCCAGAAAAGAAUAAAUGCAACAGUGAAAGGCUUAGACAGAUAAUUUUAAAGGCAAAAUUAAUUUUAUUUUAUCUUUUUCUUUCUCCUAGGGAGAGCUUGGGAGGUCAAGGAGUUAAAAAUAGGCCAAAUUAG